AUGGCCGCUGCAAGUUUUCUUCCUUCCUGUUUUCUCAUUUUUAUCCUCAUUUUUUGUCUGUAUACCCCGUGUUUGUCCAAUGACGGUGUGCCUCUUUAUGAAUUCAAAGAGGCAUUAGAUGAAUCUGCAUCCCUGGAUUCAACCUGGAUAAAAGGCACUGAUCCAUGCCAUAAGGAAACGAAAUGGAAAGGUGUAGAAUGUAAUGCGGAAAAUGUCAUAAACUUGUAUCUUAUGAACAAUGGUCUAGCGGGAGAUAUUGCUAUUGAUUCUUUGGCAAAUCUUAAGGGACUUAGAGUUGUCAGUUUGGAAAACAAUAGCUUUUCAGGUCCAUUGCCUGAAUUCAAUCGCCUUACUAAGUUGAAGUCCCUCUUUCUAGCACAGAAUGAAUUUUCCGGGGAAAUACCUUCAGAUUUCUUUUCAAAAAUGGGAUCUCUGAAGAAGAUUGAGCUUGCAAGAAACAAUUUUUCAGGGAGGAUUCCUGAUUCUUUGGUAAAAUUGGAGAAUCUAAUGGUUCUCUUUCUGGAACAAAACGAAUUCUCAGGGCCUAUUCCUUCAUUAGCACAAAAAUCAUUGGAGAAAAUCGACCUGUCCAACAAUAAGCUGCAAGGAGAAAUCCCUCCAGCCAUGUCAAGAUUUGGUGCCAAGCCUUUCGAUGGAAAUCCCGACCUUUGUGGCACGGUUCUGUCCAAAGAAUGCAAGGCUGAUGAAGAGAGUGAAAAUGAAGCACCCGCAGAGGACAAUAUCAAUGAAACCAAGGAGUCAGGGUCAGGGCCAGGGCCAGGGCCAGGGUCAGGGUCAGGUGCAAAGUGGGUGGUUCUAUCGGUAGUAGUUGCCCUCCUGGUGGUGACAAUAGCAUUCAAGGGUAAGCGAAAGGAAGAUGAUUUCCAGAUGCUUGGUAAGGAUAAUUUGGACGAGACAGUGCAAGUACACAUACCAAGUAGUAUGAAGAAGAGGAACUUGAGCAGCAGGAAAGGAAUCGACUCAAUGAAUUCGUCAAGAAAAGGCUCGCAAAAAGGUGGAAAAAAAGGUGAUCUCAUUGUAAUUAACGAAGAAAAAGGUGUAUUUGGGCUGCCUGAUUUGAUGAAGGCUGCAGCUGAGGUUCUAGGAAGUGGCGGUUUGGGAUCAGCUUACAAAGCUGUGAUGGCUAAUGGGGUUUCUGUUGUGGUAAAGAGAUUAAGAGAUGUGAAUAAAGUCAGCAGGGAAACAUUUGACACGGAGGUUAGAAAGCUCGGGACAAUGAGGCACCAGAAUAUUUUAACACCAUUGGCAUACCACUACCGGAAGGAAGAGAAGCUGUUGGUGUCUGAGUUUGUUGCCAAAGGCAGCUUAUUGUAUCUAUUACACGGUGAUCGUGGGAUUUCUCAUGCGGAGCUGAAUUGGUCUACUCGUCUGAAAAUCAUUCAAGGAGUUGCUCAAGGAAUGGGAUACCUCCACAAUGAGUUUGCACAAUAUGAACUGCCACAUGGGAAUCUCAAGUCUAGCAAUAUUCUAAUUUCUUCAAAUUACGAUCCACUUCUCAAUGAUUAUGCAUUUUAUCCAUUGAUCAAUAACACUCAAUCUGUGCAACAGCUGUUUGCUUAUAAAACUCCGGAAGCCGUAUUGUAUCAACAAGUUUCUCCAAAGAGCGAUGUCUUUUGUCUUGGAAUAGUCAUUCUUGAAAUAGUUACCGGGAAAUUUCCUUCUCAGUACCUGAACAAUCAAAAGGGCGGUACUGAUGUUGUACAAUGGAUUAAAACAGCAAUUUCUGAGAACAAAGUUUCAGAAUUGAUUGAUCCAGAGAUAGCAAACGUGUCAAAUUCACUUGAACAAAUGGAAAAGCUCUUAUAUAUUGGAGCUGAUUGUACAGAAAGUGAUCAAGAGAAGAGGAUUGUGAUGAGGGAGGCUAUAAAGAGAAUCGAGGAGAUAAAAGUUUGA